AUGGACCCGGCACUGCUGCGUGAGCGGGAGGCGUUUAAGAAAAAGGCACUUGCAACGCCAAGUGUUGAAAAGAAGAAGCGAGAUGAUUCUCAGUUCAAAGAUGAAUCUAAAAAGAAAUCAAAAUCUUCAAGCUCUGUUAGCUCGCAACCAAAACUCGAUGCCACAAACUAUAAAACGAUGACUGGGAGUUCCUCCUAUCGGUUUGGAGUUCUAGCCCGCAUUGUGAGACACAUGAGAGCAAGGCAUCAAGAAGGUGAUGACCAUCCGCUGACACUUGAUGAAGUCCUUGAUGAAACCAAUCAGCUAGAUGUGGGCACUAAAGUGAAACAGUGGCUACAAACGGAAGCUCUACAGAACAAUCCAAAAAUUGAGUGCACUCCAGAUGGUAAAUAUAUUUUCAAGCCAGUAUACAAAAUAAAGGACAAAAAGUCACUACUUAGGUUAUUAAAACAACACGACUUAAAAGGCCUUGGUGGAAUUCUAUUGGAAGAUGUUCAGGAAUCUUUACCACACUGUGAAAGAGCUCUUAAAAACUUAGCACAAGAAAUUUUAUACAUUACUAGGCCUACAGACAAAAAGAAAAUAUUGUUCUAUAAUGACAAGACUGCAACUUUAGAUGUAGAUGAAGAAUUCGUGAAAUUAUGGCGUGCUACAGCGGUGGAUGCAAUGGACGACGCAAAAAUCGAAGAAUAUUUAGAAAAGCAGGGCAUUAAAUCGAUGCAGGAUCACGGACCCAGGAAACCUCUAGUGCCAAAAAGAAAGAAAGCAGCCCAAAGAAGAAAACAAUUUAAAAAGCCUAGGGAUAAUGAACACUUGGCUGAUGUGCUUGAGACAUAUGAAGAUAAUACACUAACUCAAAAAGGAGUUUCUAUAAAA